AUGUCUUUUGCGAUGCUCCGCCAUGCACCCCCUGCCCGCUUCCUGUACCCGGAAAUCAGCAUGCUCUCAGAUGAUGAGGACAGCAGCAGUGACAGCUCAGGAUGUGGUGAUAAAUCGUUUCAUCAUCCUGGCAGACCUGGCAAAAGGGGAGAAAAGAAGUGUCCACGACUGCAGCGUGAGCCUAGACAGCGCCACACCGCCAACGCACGCGAAAGAGACCGCACCAACAGCGUUAAUAAUGCCUUCACAGCGCUACGUACACUUAUACCGACUGAGCCAGCAGAUCGCAAACUUUCAAAAAUCGAAACGCUGCGAUUGGCAUCCAGUUACAUAUCGCAUUUGGGCAACGUACUUCUUCUGGGCGACACAUGCGGAGAUGGGCAGCCAUGCCAUACCAGCACGCCCUACUACCAUCAUCCCAAUACUGCCAGCCCCAAGCACAGGGAGACCGAGCAGGGUCAACCCAAACAGAUCUGCACCUUCUGUCUCAGCAACCAGAGAAAGAUGGUGAGUAAGAGCAGUACAUAUCCUGUCUGUAAGCCAUUCAACUGGCAAUGUGAAGAUGCUUUCAGAGAUGCAAUGGGAAAGCCAAGAGGUGUACAGAUACUAUAUGUAAGUCAGUCACUGAGCUGGGUCAAUGCUAGGCUACGUCCAUACUAGAGGAACAUUAGCCAGGCCAAUGGGUCACUAGCAGGUGUACAGAUACUAUAUGUAAGUCAGUCACUGAGCUGGGUCAAUGCUAGAGGAACAUUAUCCAGGCCUAUGGGUAACUAACAGGUGUACAAACACUAUUUGUAAAUCAGUCACUGGGCUGGGUUAAUGCUAGGUUACGUCCAUACUAGAGGAACAUUAUCCAAGCCUAUGGGUAACAGGUGUACAGAUACUAUAUGUCAGUCACUGAGCUGGGUCAAUGCUAGAGGAACAUUAUUCAGGUCUAUGGGUAACUAACAGGUGUACAAACACUAUUUGUAAAUCAGUCACUGAGCUGGGUUAAUGCUAGGUUACGUCCAUACUAGGGGAACAUUAUCCAGGCCUAUGGGUAGCAGGUGUACAGAUACUGAGCUGGGUCAAUGCUAGGCUACGCCUGACUUUUCUAGACACUGGGCGAACCUACCACCAUCAGGAAGUGUGAUACCUCCAGCCGACACCAUAGACAGCUGCAGGGAAGUGGCUCUAUCUAUGGAGAAACCAAUGGUCUUGCAAGAUCUCCAUAGACCUCAAUGCAGUACUCUUGCACACACGCAAGAGAACAGCAGUGACGUCAGCUCCUGGCACGGGAAAUGGCAGGAAGGCUAUGGCGGUGCCUGUAAAGGACAGGUGCAGCUAAGUAAAACUCACUGUUACCUGCCCUGCCCACUGCCACCCCCACCAGACCCGUAGCGGCGAUGUCACUGCUGGGGGUCUUUGCAAACAAUGCAAAGUUCCCAGGCAGUGACAGAUCCACAUUAAAUAAAUCUGUAGGUGCCACAGACAGUUAUAGGGUGAGGGGUCCUGUAAUAGAGCAGUUAUAGGUACAGUUAUAGGGUGAGUGUCCUGUUAUAGAGCAGUGAUAGAUACAGUGAUAGGGUGAGGGGUCCUGUAAUAGACCAGUGAUAGAUACAGUUAUAGCGUGAGGGGUCCUGUAAUAGAGCAGUGAUAGGUACUGACACAGGGUGAGGGGUCCUGUAAUAGAGCAGCGAUGGGUACUGACACAGGGUGAGGGGUCCUGUAAUAGAGCAGUGAUGGGUACUGACACAGGAUGAGGGGUCCUGUAAUAGAGCAGCGAUGGGUAAUGACACAGGGUGAGGGGUCCUGUAAUAGAGCAGCGAUGGGUACUGACACAGGGUGAGGGGUCCUGUAAUAGAGCAGUGAUGGGUAAUGACACAGGGUGAGGGGUCCUGUUAUAGAGCAGUGAUAGGUACAGUUAUAGGGUGAGGGGUCCUGUAAUAGAGCAGUGAUAGGUACAGUUAUAGGGUGAGGGGUCCUGUAAUAGAGCAGCGAUGGGUACUGACACAGGGUGAGGGGUCCUGUAAUAGAGCAGCGAUGGGUAAUGACACAGGGUGAGGGGUCUGGUAAUAGAGCAGCGAUGGGUAAUGACACAGGGUGAGGGGUCCUGUAAUAGAGCAGCGAUGGGCACUGGCACAGGGUGAGGGGUCCUGUAAUAGAGCAGUGAUGGGUACUGGCACAGGGUGAGGGUUAUAAUCCAAUAUAAUGAAUACUCCUGGUGGCUUUGAGUGCAUUUCAAACAGCACCAAGUUGACGUAGACUCAAAGUAAAUUGCAAGGACCAAAUGAAAUUCUGUUUUCAAGGAAUUUAGAAAGUGAGAAAAUACUGAUUAGUAGAUUCUACAUAUAGCGUGUUUGUUUGUUGAGGAAUAAGAGAUGGGUGUGGAUGAUUUAGCAUUAGCAAAUGUUUUUGCAUUUGUGGCUGUAGUGAGCAGAGAUUCACUGUGGGGUCACGUGGGAUAUUUAUAUGAUUUGUAUUGAGCUUUACACAGAAUUACAAAGUUUCCAAACCAAACAUCAGAAGGAGGGUGAUUUUAUUUAUUUUUAUUUGUACACAAAUUGUAAGAUUGUGAUAUUCAGUCCGCCAGUUUGGCCAAUGGGAGUCAUGACUAAGAACAGACUGUGGGGUACAGGGCUGGGCUCAUGUAAUUCCCAAUUGGUUCCUAAAUUGUACAACAGAGCAGUCACUCCAGAAGCAGUCUUCCUUAUCAAUGUAUGUACACAGGUCCGCCACGGACCUGCAUUAGAUGUAGAGGACUCCCAGGGAGGUAUACAGUUUAUAGAUUCUCUGACUCUCCAGCCAGGUUGGGAAUUAGAAGCAGCUCAGACUGUGUACAUACAUUGAUAAGGAAGUCUUUCUGAAACCAGGGGGCAUGGCGAAGGAGGCAGGCUUAUUCUGCAAAACAUUCAUUUAUUUUAUGCAAAAACUCUAAAAAUCUGAGAAUGCAAAAAAAUAUAGCAUAGUAAUGAGGCUACAAUCUAUCAAAUGCAUUAAAGGAGCACUAUAGUGCCAGGGAAACAUACUCUGAGGGUCCCCCUCCCGCCGGGCUCUGGGGAAAGGAAGGGGUUAAACUUACCUCUUUCUCCAGCGCCAGGCGGAGAGCUCUCCUCCUCCUCUCGGCUGAAGUGCAGGUGCCGCGCGCAUUCAACCAGUCCAUAGGAAAGCAUUCACAAUGCUUUCCUAUGGACGCUAGUGUCUUCUCACUGUGAUUUUCACAGUGAGAAGCACGCAAGCGCAUCUAGCGGCUGUCAAUGAGACAGCCACUAGAGGCUGGAUUAACCCUCAGUUUAAGCAUAGUAGUUUCUCUGAAACUGCUAUGUUUAUAAAAAAAAAAAAAGGGUUACUCCUAGCUGGACCAGGCACCCAGACCACUUGCCUAUAGUGGUCCUUUAAAGAUAUAUUGGUGCCCGGAGUGUCUCUUUAAAGAGUAAUUAUUUGAAAAUGCAUGGUGCACAAAGCCCCCUCUGCGGGAGCUGGGCUUUUAGUUGCAGUGAUUUGUAAGACAGCCGGUCAUCUCCUUUUGGUUUCAGACUGCAUUAUAUCUAUUUUAUCAUAUGUUGGCGUGGGCUGGUUUCACUAUGUAGGGAUCCACACAUUGGAUUGUUCUGGGAUCCCACUGUCCACAGUCUGCGAUUGCAGGCCACAGACAUAGUUAAAUCCAAACCUACCUUCCCGCAGGUAGGAAGCCAUCCUGACAUCCAACCAACAUUCUCAAUCAGAACUUUGUGCCACAGACAUAGUUAAAUCCAAACCUACCUUCCCGCAGGUAGGAAGCCAUCCUGACAUCCAACCAACAUUCUCAAUCAGAACUUUGUGCCACAGACAUAGUUAAAUCCAAACCUACCUUCCCGCAGGUAGGAGGCCAUCCUGACAUCCAACCAACAUUCUCAAUCAGAACUUUGUGCCACAGACAUGGUUAAAUCCAAACCUACCUUCCCGCAGGUAGGAAGCCAUCCUGACAUCCAACCAACAUUCUCAAUCAGAACUUUGUGCCACAGACAUAGUUAAAUCCAAACCUACCUUCCCGCAGGUAGGAAGCCAUCCUGACAUCCAACCAACAUUCUCAAUCAGUACUUUGUGCCACAGACAUGGUUAAAUCCAAACCUACCUUCCCGCAGGUAGGAAGCCAUCCUGACAUCCAACCAACAUUCUCAAUCAGUACUUUGUGCCACAGACAUGGUUAAAUCCAAACCUACCUUCCCGCAGGUAGGAGGCCGUCCUGACAUCCAACCAACAUUCUCAAUCAGAACUUUGUGCCACAGACAUAGUUAAAUCCAAACCUACCUUCCCGCAGGUAGGAAGCCAUCCUGACAUCCAACCAACAUUCUCAAUCAGAACUUUGUGCCACAGACAUAGUUAAAUCCAAACCUACCUUCCCGCAGGUAGGAGGCCAUCCUGACAUCCAACCAACAUUCUCAAUCAGAACUUUGUGCCACAGACAUAGUUAAAUCCAAACUUACUUUCCCCAGAGGUAGGAAGCCAUCCUGACAACCAACAUUCUCAAUCAGAACUUUGUGCCACAUGACAUAGUUAAAUCCAACCUAAUUUUCCCAAAGAGGUAGGAAGCCAUCCUGACAUCCAACCAACAUUCUUCUACAAUCAGUAAUGGAAGCAAUCCAAACCUACCUUCCCGCAGGUAGGAGGCCGUCCUGACAUCCAACCAACAUUCCUCAAUCAGAACUUUGUGCCACAGACAUAGUUAAAUCCAAACCUACCUUCCCGCAGGUAGGAAGCCAUCCUGACAUCCAACCAACAUUCUCAAUCAGAACUUUGUGCCACAGACAUAGUUAAAUCCAAACCUACCUUCCCGCAGGUAGGAAGCCAUCCUGACAUCCAACCAACAUUCUCAAUCAGAACUUUGUGCCACAGACAUGGUUAAAUCCAAACCUACCUUCCCGCAGGUAGGAGGCCGUCCUGACAUCCAACCAACAUUCUCAAUCAGAACUUUGUGCCACAGACAUGGUUAAAUCCAAACCUACCUUCCCGCAGGUAGGAGGCCGUCCUGACAUUCUCAAUCAGUACUUUGUGUAUUUCACAUAUCAUCUAUGAAUGACGCAUGCUAAUAUAACAGAUUAGUUGACACGUAACAUGUUCAUUUUAACCAAAACCAAGAGAAAAUAUUUAAAACAAAACAUUGCUUCAAACUCAUUUUCUCUUGAAAUAUGUAACAGUAGAGAGAUUUUAUACUUGUUGCAGGACUCAGUACAAAUAUCAUUGCUUAAAAUUUCAAGUCCUACAUACCAGCCAAGCCUUAAAAGUUACCAGCCUCUUCGCGCUGGAGGGUCUACGGCACACUUAUCAGGGAUGAAUUACUACUAAAUUUUCACUUGCCAAUAGCUAGCAGUAAGUGGAGAUUUGUUUAGCCCUACAUAUAUGUUUAACUGAAGAUUAUAGCGUAUGACUGCUUGUUAAUGUGAGGGCAAGCGGUGAUCAGUCAAUGACUCCUCUUAAUUUUAGUUAUAGUCUCAAAAUGUAAACACAACUAAACUGUGCUAUUUAGGCUACAGAGAGAGACGCACUACUACAAAAAUACUGAAUAAAGAAUUUCGGAAACUCAGACAAUAAUUUCAAUCAUGGACCUCUGUACCAGCACAUGUACCCAGCAACAAUGCAACAAUUGAUCGGUCCACGUCCCUUUACCAGACAGGAACUAUUUUGGUUGUUCCCUAAACUCUAAAUGUUUGUGAAUUAAAUCCAAAUGGAAAAAUCUAGGGGGGGAAAGCAGGUAUGAAAAGUGUGUAUAUAUGUCUGUAUUUUUAAUAAUUACAGUAGCUACUAAUAAAAGUACAUUUCACUGCCCCAGACAUUCCCACUAGAUCUCAGUCAGUGGGGUCUUCCCUCUAAACUGACAGAUUUAAUUUAAACAGGAGUUUUUUUCAUUAAAGAUAAUUUUCCAUCUCAGCUUUCAAACACAUCUUGGAAAACCAUCUUCUGUCUCCAUGGAAUUCUUACAAUACACAGCUGAACGAAAGCUCGAAAACAACAUGGAUUGCAGCGGCGAUACAGCGUCGCAAUAAAUAGCCCAACACACAGCGUCGCAAUAAAUAGCCCAACACACAGCGCCGCAAUAAAUAGCCCAACACACAGCGCCGCAAUAAAUAGCCCAACACACAGCGCCGCAAUAAAUAGCCCAACACACAGCGCCGAAAUAAAUAGCCCAACACACAGCGCCGCAAUAAAUAGCCCAACACACAGCGCCGCAAUAAAUAGCCCAACACACAGCGCCGCAAUAAAUAGCCCAACACACAGCGCCGUAAUAAAUAGCCCAACACAGAGCCGCAAUAAAUAGCCCAACACACAGAGUCGCAAUAAAUAGCCCAACACACAGAGUCGCAAUAAAUAGCCCAACACACAGAGUCGCAAUAAAUAGCCCAAAACACAGAGUCGCAAUAAAUAGCCCAACACACAGAGUCGCAAUAAAUAGACCAACACACAGAGUCGCAAUAAAUAGCCCAACACACAGAGUCGCAAUAAAUAGUCCAACACACAGAGUCGCAAUAAAUAGCCCAACACACAGCGCCGCAAUAAAUAGCCCAACACACAGCGCCGCAAUAAAUAGCCCAACACACAGCGCCGCAAUAAAUAGCCCAACACACAGAGUCGCAAUAAAUAGUCCAACACACAGCGUCGCAAUAAAUAGUCCAACACACAGCGUCGCAAUAAAUAGUCCAACGCACAGCGUCGCAAUAAAUAGUCCAACGCACAGCGUCGCAAUAAAUAGUCCAACGCACAGUCUCAUGUACACAAUAAAUAAUCCAACAGACACACUGCACAGCGACACAAUAAAUAAUCCAACAGACACACUGCACAUUGCAAACAGCAGCUAAUUACUAAGCUCUGUGGAAAGUACCACGCCAGAAAAGUCACAAUGGACAGCAAGAAGUAUAUUCUAAUGCAGACCUGCUUAAAGGGACACAUAGCACCAAAACCACUUCAUCUGAAUGUUUUAUUUAAAGUUAUGAAUAUAAUAAUAAACCAAACAAUGAUGAUAAUAUCAAUAGACCCUCGCAUGUUGUUUGGCAUCAGCAUGACCAGCAGGUUGGUGUGAAACGCCGCUAAUAGCAGCUUUUAGUGGAUUUAAUGAUUAAUUAUAAGAAGCAUCGCGGCUAUCAGUAAGAUAACCAAACUAUGCACAUUGUGUUAGCUGGAGGACCCAUUCAUUGACUUGUAGUGUUUUAUAUGAGAAAAUGAAUUCUUCAUAACUUUUUAACUAGUUUCCACCCGGUGAGGGACUCACACGGUAUAACGUCUACGGUGGUCUGUUGUUCAGGAGUCUAUCGAUAUGGUGUUACCUGUUGUAAGCACUGGAUGCAUCACGGAGGGUAAAACACCUGAACUAGCAGCAGGCUCGCUGGCACAAAGGAAUGACAUUCAUUAGGAAAGGGCUAUACGCAUCUCCCAGCCUGCACCCCAUCACGUUUCUAUCUGGGAGUAAAAUACGAGCCUUAUUUCACAGAGUAAGAAAUUGUUGUUUUAAAGCAGGAAGCAGAGAGGGCAAGUGUCAUAGGAAGAUUGGCGGCACCAGUCUGGAUAUUCUGUAAUUGUAACAGGUCACACUGAGCACCAUAACCACUACAGACAAUUGUAUUCGCACAGUUCAGGUUAAUAGCCCCUCAAUGUUUUUUUCAGACAACCCCCAGAAAGUUAGGAUUUACUCUUUAUGUCUCACUGCAUUUAAUCAGGACUGAGAGUUAAAUUAUCUGGUGUAACCGGUUACAAAUGCCUUUAACCCAUUGAGGUCAGUUAUUGGGUCGUUCUGCCCUAUCUAUAGUAGCACGCUGUGUACAUCAGGCUGUAUUAAGAGGAUUUGUAUUUUACUUUCUUCGGGGAUGGCCUGUGCAGAUUAUAUUACAGAAUGACAACACAUAUCGCCUCAUUGCUUCUGGGGAGAUAAAGAGAAACUCAAUUCAUUAACAGGUAGUAUUGCAUCAGUUUUACGGAGGACCUCAGUGAGGUAGAAAGGGAAGGAAAGAGGACCUCAGUGAUGUAGAAAGGGAAGGAAAGAGGACCUCAGUGAUGUAGAAAGGGAAGGAAAGAGGACCUCAGUGAGGUAGAAAGGGAAGGAAAGAGGACCUCAGUGAGGUAGAAAGGGAAGGAAAGAGGACCUCAGUGAGGUAGAAAGGGAAGGAGGACCUCACCAAGGUGGGGAAGAGAGAAAGGAGGACCUCACCACGUGGGAAGGGAAGAAAGACGUCACCAAGGUAGGAAGGAGGAGCUAACCAAGAUAGGAAGGGAAGGAAAGAGGAGUUAACCAAGGUAGGAAGGGAAGGAAGGAGGAAGGAGUUAACUAAGGUAGGAAGGGAAGGAAGGAGGAGCUAACCAAGGCAGGAAGGGAAGGAAGGAGGAGCUAACCAAGGUAGGAAGGGAAAGAAGGAGGAGUUAACCAAGGUAGGAAGGGGAGGGAAGGUAGGAAGGGAAGACCUGACCAAUGUAGGAAGGUAAGGAAGACCUCAUAAAGGUUAAAAGGGAAGGAAAGCGGAGCUAACCGAGGUAGGAAGGGACGGAAGGAGGACCUAAUCAAAGUAGGAAGGUCCUCACUGCUGUAUUGACACCUUUUAAUUAUGAUGGGGAAUUAGCUCAAAUUACUCUUCUUUAUAUUCCCUUCGAUAGCUCAGCUGGUAGAGCGGAGGACUGUAGUAGAUAUGCGAUAGCAAUCCUUAGGUCGCUGGUUCAAUUCCGUCUCGAAGGACAGGGUGUUAUUUUUACCACAACAAGAGGACAUAGUCUUAAAUUAGAGGGACAAAGGUUUAAAAAUAAUAUCAGGAAGUAUUACUUUUACUGAGAGGGUAGUGGAUGCAUGGAAUAGCCUUCCAGCUGAAGUGGUAGAGGUUAACACAGUAAAGGAGUUUAAGCAUGCGUGGGAUAGGCAUAAGGCUAUCCUAACUAUAAGAUAAGGCCAGGGUCUAAUGAAAGUAUUUAGAAAAUUGGGCAGACUAGAUGGGCCGAAUGGUUCUUAUCUGCCGUCACAUUCUAUGUUUCUAUCUCUGUUUUAAUAGAGGCUAUAAAAGUGUAAAAUGCAUUAUUUCUAUUCUCCUAAACACUGAGAUUAGAGAUGCUCCGUGGAUAUACUGUAUACACAAAUAGUAUUCUUUAUUUCCUUAGGGCAAAGAUCGGGAAAGGAAAACUACAAUCAGAACAUAG